CGCUCCCGCAAGGCAAAGGCUGGUUGUGCUUUUGAUGAGAUGAAAGCUUGCAGCGUUCCGCGACCCUCUGUGCGCUGGUGUCUCGGUGUAUCCUCUCGGGGACCCAGUCUGCAUUCCUGGGAGAAGCGGGGCAGCGGUGGCGGCGGCCGGUUCUCUCUAGCUGGGCUCUGCCUGAGGUGUUGCUCGCUGCCCGGGAUUCCUGGACCCAUCUCAGCUGCUGUGGAGCCCCGGGAGAGUCUGGCUUCCCACGGGAAUCUGUCAGAGGAGCUGUGAUAACAGAUGGCCAGUGUCCUGAAGCCUUAAGUGCUUGCUUCCCAGAGCCCUGCCUUGUCUCAAAGAGAAGACAACAAUGACCAAGUUACAGGAGGCAGUGACGUUCAGGGAUGUGGCUGUGAUCUUCAGUGAGGAGGAGCUGAGGCUGCUGGACGCCGCCCAGAAGAAGCUGUACCAGGAUGUGAUGCUGGAGACCUUGAGGAACCUCCUGGCAGUGGGAGGUCAGAGUCCAUACAAGAUGGAGACUCUUGACUCAACAGGAUUAAGGCAUCUUUCACUAGGGUGGCUUCCAUGCUGCCAGAUGACAGGCCAUGAUGUCAAGAAACUGGCCUGCACUCCAGAUGUUGUAGUAAACACUCAAGGAAAGGGUUCUCACUUCCUGGAGCAAUGCCACUUCUCCUGCCAUGCGGGAGCAGAACAGACUUCCCAGGCCUCCGAGGAUAACGGCUGUCUUGAGAGUCUUACAAACGUUACUGAAAAUCAGGAAUUUCUGUCUGGGAGGGCUCAGAGUUCUUGGAGUAAAACACAUUUUAGUGAGAGAUGGAACCAUGGGAAACACUAUCCUCAGACUCUGGUGAAAACUACGUCUCAGCUGCUGGCUCUGGGUGUUGACAUUCUGAAUUGCAUUUCCUAUCAAGAUAACAAUAUACUGUAUAAAAGAGAUAAUGUCCAUAGCAGUGGUGACUAUGGUAAAGUCAUCUUUCCUGUGUCAUCCUUCACCCAGUUUCCUGUUUACAUGGAACAGAAAGCCUACCAGUGCAGCAAGGGCCAAGAAGCCUUCAUUGACAGCCCCUGUCAGGAGAUUCAUCAGCAGGUCCUCUUAGGAAACAAGUGCCCUGUACAUAGUACACAUGAGGACACCAGUCAUAGAUCCAGUGUCACCAUUCAACAAAGUGUUCAUCCACGAAGAAAGCGCUACUGGUGUCGGGAGUGUGGCAAGACUUUCAGUCAGAGCUCAAAUCUGCAAACUCAUCAGAGAGUGCACACGGGGGAGAAACCCUAUACCUGCCCUGAGUGUGGGAAGAGCUUUAACCAGAGCUCACACCUGUAUGCUCACCUGCCCAUCCACACAGGCGAGAAGCCCUACUGUUGCGACAGCUGUGGGAAGGGCUUCAGCCGCAGCACAGAUCUCAACAUUCACUGGCGCGUGCACACUGGAGAGAAACCUUACAAAUGUGAGGUGUGUGGGAAAGGCUUCACACAGAGGUCACACCUCCAGGCCCACGAGAGAAUUCACACGGGAGAGAAGCCAUAUAAGUGUGGAGACUGUGGCAAACGGUUCAGCUGCAGCUCAAACCUUCACACCCACCAGAGAGUCCACACUGAGGAGAAACCAUACAAGUGUGAUGAGUGUGGGAAAUGCUUCAGCUUGAGCUUCAACCUCCACAGCCAUCAGCGGGUCCACACAGGAGAGAAGCCAUAUAAAUGUGAAGAGUGUGGGAAGGGUUUCAGUUCAGCCUCAAGCUUCCAAAGCCACCAGCGGGUCCAUACAGGGGAGAAGCCAUUUUGCUGCAGUGUCUGUGGAAAGGGCUUCAGUCAGAGCUCUUAUUUUCAAGCCCACCAGAGAGUUCACACUGGGGAAAAACCAUACAGAUGUGAUGUGUGUGGGAAGCGCUUCAACUGGAGCUUGAACCUUCACAAUCACCAGAGAGUCCACACUGGAGAGAGACCAUAUAAAUGUGAGGAGUGUGGGAAAGGCUUCAGUCAGGCCUCAAAUCUGCAGGCUCAUCAGAGUGUUCACACCGGCGAGAAGCCGUUCAAAUGCAAUGCAUGCCAGAAGCGAUUCAGUCAAGCCUCACACCUCCAGGCUCACCAGAGGGUUCACACUGGGGAGAAGCCCUACAAAUGUGACACGUGUGGGAAAGCCUUCAGUCAGAGGUCCAAUCUCCAAGUCCAUCAGAUAAUUCAUACCGGGGAGAAGCCAUUCAAGUGUGAAGAGUGUGGGAAGGAAUUCAGCUGGAGUGCAGGGCUCACUGCUCACCAGAGGGUCCACACAGGAGAGAAACCCUACACGUGUCAGCAGUGUGGGAAGGGUUUCAGUCAGGCCUCACACUUCCACACGCACCAGAGGGUCCACACUGGGGAAAGGCCCUACAUCUGUGGCAUCUGCUCUAAGGGCUUCAGUCAGAGAUCACAUCUGGUCUACCACCAGAGGGUCCACAGUGCAGGGAAUCUCUAGGUUUGUUCUGCAGUCAGGUGGGCUCCAUUCUGCUGAUUGUUAAAAGCUCCUCCCAAACCCAGAGUCUUCAGGAGACUUCACCAGGGAGAUGUGCUUCUCUUUGGGAGAUCAUUUUUUUGUUCUUUUUUUUUUUUUUUUUUUUUUUUUUUGAGACCAGAUUUCUUGGCUGUCCUGGAACUUGCUCUGUAGACCAGGCUAGCCUUGAACUCACAGAGAUCUACCUGCUUUUGACUCCUGACUGUUGGGAUUAAAGGUGUGUGCCCAGUUGGGAGAUCAGUUCUUUACAAAUGUCAGAAAUUACAUAUGAGAAGAUAAUUGCUCUAUAAAUGUGUUGCCACCAUGUACAAGAGUUGUAAGGUUGGCACCUUUGGGAUGUGACAGGGCAGGAAAAUGUCAGCAUCCAUCCAAGUCUGCAGAAAGGCUGCAGGAAGGGCUCUAACCAAAGCUGGUGAUUGGCAGAACUGAUUGACUGAAGCAUCACUUCGUCAUAGGAAGCCCCCCUCUGUAUCUGCUGUGCAGAGCUGCAUGUGGCUCAGGACCCAGCCAUUUCUGGAGCAAGUGAGAAAAGCCCUGUAAGACUCAAGUUUGAAAACACUUGCCAACCUUCAACCCUGCAUUCAUAUUGAUUCAUAUUGAUUCAUAUUCCCCAGUAGUCUUGUAAGGGGCCUUUAGUCAGCUUCCUUGAGGCAUGGUGCUUCCCAGUCAGGUCUGCAGUGUGUGGCCGGCCUCUCUCGCCGUGGCGCUUUGCACAGCAACUCCAUACUGGAUGACUUUUAGUAUUUGUAGUUAAUAGACUAAAACUAUGCUCUUUUUGAAUAUUUCGUAUUUAUCAGCCCAAUAAGGUGAAUUGAAGCUUAUGCGAUUGGGACUUUGGGCGCUGAAUUCACUGAGGGAAGGGCUUCUUACCGUAACCACUACUGCAGAUAUUUGCUAGUGACAGAAAGGUUUUUAGUAAACUUGAAUUGUUAA